ACCACUGCAUUUCGAAAUUGAACCCUAUUCUGAACUGUUGAUCUGAGUUUUACCAAUUUGUUAAGUGUGUGAGCUAAUUUUGACGUUUAUGCACUUGUUCACUUUCAUUUCAUAGAGUAUCACCAUGUCGGUGGCAUUUGCACCUCACAGGCAGCGUGGGAAGGGUGAUAUAACACCCGCUGGAAUACAAAAGUUACUUGACGAAAACAACCAGCUGAUUCAGUGUAUAAUGGACUUCCAGAGCAAAGGCAAAACAGCAGAGUGUUCACAAUAUCAACAGAUGCUGCACAGAAAUUUAGUGUACCUGGCCACAAUAGCAGACUCCAAUCAGAAUAUGCAGUCUCUCCUCCCGGCUCCACCCACUCAAAACAUGCCCAUGGGCCCUGGUGGGAUGAACCAAAGUGGACCCCCCCCUCAGCCUCCUCACGGUCACAACAUGCCCUCUGAGGGUAUGGUCAGCGGUGGCCCUCCAGCCCCACACAUGCAGAACCAGAUGAAUGGACAGAUGCCUGGACCUAAUCACAUGCCCAUGCAAGGUCCCGGUCCAGGCCCCAACCAGCCCCCAAACAUGCCCAGUGGCUCUAUGAAUAUGCCCCCCAGCAGCCAUGGCUCAAUGGGUGGUUACAAUCACGCUGUCCCUUCCUCCCAGGGCAUGCCAGCACAGAGCCAAAUGAACAUGACCCAGGGCCAGCCCAUGGGAAACUAUGGGCCACGGCCAAACAUGAACAUGCAGCCCAAUCAAGGCCCCAUGAUGCACCAGCAGCCUCCCUCCCAGCAGUAUAACAUGCCACCUGGUGGUGGGGGCCAGCACUACCAAGGGCAACAAAACCCAAUGGGCAUGAUGGGCCAGGUCAACCAAGGGAAUCAUGUCAUGGGGCAGAGGCCAAUGCCCCCCUACAGACCCCCACAGCAAGGACCCCCUCAGCAGUACCCAGGGCAGGAAGACUACUAUGGGGACCAGUACAGUCACGCAGGACAGGGAGCCUCAGAAGGUAAUGCUCAGUAUGGCCAACAGCAGGAAGCAUAUCAGCAAGGCCCUCCCCAGCAGCAGGGCUACCCUCCUCAACAGCAGUACCCAGGUCAGCAGGGCUACCCACCACAGCAGCAGGGUUACGGCCCCUCCCAAAGUGCCCCAGGACAGUACCCCAACUAUCCUCAGGGCCAGGGACAGCAGUAUGGAGCCUAUCGCCCCCCUCAACCUGGACCCCCACAGGGCCAGCAGCAACGCCCUUAUGGCUAUGACCAGGGCCAGUAUGGAAAUUACCAGCAAUGAGAGAUGGUCACAGCAAACCCACACAGCUCUGAUCUCUGUCUGAGCUUUGACCUCUGGUCAACUGCUAAGCAGACUUAAAUGAUGGUUGCAGCUCACUGAGAUUCUCUCAGACACGAACAUACAACACUCAAAAACACAAGAUUCGUUUCCCCCUCUCUUUGGGAUUUUAUCAUUGCCUAUAAAAUAUAUUCUGUUUAUCAUGUCCAUUGACUUGAUAAUGUUAAAGUCCACAACUCACCAUCUGGUCCAGUAUGUCUCAAAGCAGCAAUGCCUUAAAAAAAAAAUGGAACUGCCUUAUCCUUUAGCAUUGCAGAUUGUGAAACAGGCUAACAAAAAUUUUGGAUAUCAGAGAUGAUUCAAAUGUACAGAGUUUCAUUCUACUGUGGUGCAUUGUUUCUCUAUCCUUCAGCUCCCUGUUCAUAAGAAGCAAUAAUGCCAGCAGUAGGGAAAUGUGUGGGGGCUUAGAGAUAAUGCACCAGACGAACUUCCCGCUAGGCCAUGGUACAUGUCUUAAUGUAUGUGAUGAUGUAAAAAUAUAUUUUAUGCUUUUUAGAUCAAGCUAACUUUGUAUAAGACAUUGGAAAGUAGUACUGAAGCUGUGUUGUUUAUUUCAUGAAGUGUAUGUGUCAAUGUUUUUUUGUUUUGUUUUUUUUUUUAUUAAUGAUGAUCCCAUCCAGCACAUUUUGUUUUUUUUAUUUUACUGUUACAUUGAAUUGUAUAACUAUUCGAUUAGAUCUGCUACUUCAAUGACACGGACAGUGCAUGAAUUCUUUGUGUAAAAAUGGAAAUCUAAUUGAGAUUCCCUGAAGGACAAAUAUGAACAACAAGCAGCAAAAAAUGUUCAAAGCUGUAAAACACAUGUAACAAUUGCUGUAUUCUGUUUUGGGCUGUUUUUUGGGGGGGGUUUUUAAGUCAGUGAAAAAAUAUCAAAUUUGGAUCAUGAAUAGAAUUUUUUUUUUUUACAAUACCUGACGAAAUAAUGGCCUGGUUCUUUAUUUGACAAAUGUGCCCAGAGGGAUGAUAUGUAGCAGACACCUCUGCAAAUUGUAUUCCUAAGUUGAUGCUCUCUAGAGUGUUUUGUUUUUGUUGUUUUGUUUUUUUCUUCUAUACGAGCACCUCAGUCUUGUCCAUUGACUGCAAACUGGUGAAUGGGAAAGAUCUAACGUGGUAUCAAAUAUUUCUGACAAGUACUUAGUUUUGUUAGUCUUGACGAUGCUGGAAUCCCUUUUUCCCUUUGAAUAAACGUCUAAGUUGAUGUCAUUCAAAUAGUGUUGUGUGUGAAUAAUAAAGUUUGUUACUGUCAAAUAUGUAACAUAAGAUGUGAAAAUAAUGUUCUGAAAUGGAUUCCUUAAUUUCACAGUAAAGACUGGUUGUGCAGUUUUAUAUCACUGGCUUGGUAUCUGUUUUAUGGUGCAUACUUUAUUGAUCCCAUAUGUACAGCGGCAUAGAGAAGAGGAAUUCAUUAUCCUCUGAUAUUGUUUAUAUGGCUGUUUUAAUAUUUUGCAUUCUGCACCCCAUCCACAUGGUGGUCACAUUUGUGUCAUGGCAAUGUAUAACUGUACAUUAUAAUAAAUUGGAAGAAUCUUUAA